GGCGCAAUUUCUUGCAGGUUCCGCCCGCGCUUUUCCGCGCAUCCGCCGCAGGAAGCUUCCUCGAAGCUGUGCGCGGGCGUGUGCACUCAGUCGUGGAUUCCUCGAGGCAGCCGACAGGCAGAGUGCAAUUGGGCGCGGCUGACUAGUGCUGUAGUGAUGGGAUUGGGCCGGACUCAGCCAGUGCCGGCGCUGCUGGGCGCCAUUUCAUGAGGAUGGCAGGGCUGAGCUCUGGAGAGAGGGAUCUACGCCGCUCACAUGCACUGCAGACGUCACGCCACCUGUAGGCUGCUGCAGUGUUGCGAGCGAUUGGCAGCUUCCUGCAGGCAGUGUCCAGGUGCACUCUCGCAUGCUGGCGUGCCUGGCGGCCCCUUUCAAGAAAGGGGCGUGGUUGUUUGAGGCAGCCGGCGUUGCUGCAGCAUUCUGUGCUUUGGGCGCCUUUGGCUGUCUGUCUCCAGAGGAGGUACUAAGGAGUUGGGGGUCAGGCGGAGAGCGCUUUGGGACAUGAGCAGAGUAUUGUCAGAGCUGCGUGGCACCUUAACGGUAUUAGAGGAAGUUGUGGUGGGUAUGCAUCAGAGGGGGAAUAUGUGGCGGACUGGCCCACAGCACUAUGGGUGUUGGCCAUUGCCUGCCUAGAAUUUAUUGGCGGGUGUUGAACAAGCGGCCACGCUGGCCUGUCUGGUGCUCUUUUGUGUUGGGGCACUUGUUUUGGGAAUUCUUC